GCUGCUCGUCCUAGCCUGGCGGGGGCGGGGGUCUGGAGGAUGGGGACGCGCGGAACAACGGGCCGGUGAGGAGCAGCCGCCGCCGUCUGUGCCGUCGCUUCGGCAGCCGCCGCGGUAGUCGCCUCGGGCAGCGCUGCUCGCUCUCGUGCUGUCACCUCCGGUCCCGACAUCCCGCCAGGAGGAGGCUGAGACCGAAGCGAGGCCAGUGGCUGGGGGUCCGGCCCCGCAGCAAAGCGGGCGGCGGCAGUGACAGCACAGAACACCCUCACUCUCGGCAGCCGCAGCCACGAUGAACCGGGGCGGCAGCAGCCCGUCGGCCGCCGCCAACUACCUGGUCUGUACCAACUGCCGGAAAGUGCUGCGGAAGGAUAAAAGAAUCAGAGUAUCUCAACCUUUGACCAGAGGACCAAGUGCCUUUAUUCCAGAGAAGGAAGUUGUCCAAGCAAACACCAUAGAUGAACGCACUAACUUUCUCGUGGAGGAAUACUCCACCUCCGGGCGUCUGGACAACAUCACACAGGUCAUGAGUUUGCACACUCAGUACCUGGAGUCUUUCUUGAGGAGCCAGUUUUACAUGCUGCGCAUGGAUGGUCCCCUUCCUCUACCGUACAGGCACUACAUCGCGAUAAUGGCUGCAGCUAGACAUCAGUGUUCUUACCUAAUAAACAUGCAUGUGGAUGAAUUUUUAAAGACUGGCGGUAUUGCUGAGUGGCUGAAUGGUUUGGAAUAUGUACCACAAAGACUGAGAAAUCUUAAUGAAAUAAAUAAGCUGCUAGCGCACCGACCCUGGCUGAUCACAAAAGAGCACAUUCAGAAACUUGUCAAAACUGGAGAAAACAAUUGGUCUCUGCCUGAACUUGUGCAUGCCGUGGUCCUACUGGCACAUUAUCAUGCCCUGGCAAGCUUUGUUUUUGGUAGUGGAAUCAAUCCAGAGAGAGAUCCAGAAAUCUCCAAUGGAUUCAGGCUAAUAUCAGUCAACAAUUUCUGUGUUUGUGAUCUCGCCAAUGACAACAACAUAGAGAAUGCCUCCCUUACAGGAGGCAACUUUGGGAUUGUGGACUCUCUGAGUGAGCUAGAGGCCUUAAUGGAAAGGAUGAAAAGGCUUCAAGAAGACAGGGAAGAUGAUGAGGCAUCUCAGGAAGAAAUGACCACUCGUUUUGAGAAAGAGAAGACAGACAGUCUUUUCGUCGUCUCUGGAGAUACGUUUCACUCAUGUCCUCAUUCAGAUUUUGAGGAUGACAUGAUCAUAACAGCUGAUGUUUCCCGAUACAUUGAAGACCCUGGUUUUGGGUAUGAAGACUUUGCCAGACGAGGAGAAGAGCAUUUGCCAACAUUCCGAGCUCAGGACUAUACCUGGGAAAAUCAUGGGUUCUCCCUGGUGAACAGACUUUAUUCUGACAUUGGACAUCUUCUUGAUGAAAAGUUUCGGAUGGUCUACAAUCUCACCUAUAACACUAUGGCUACCCAUGAGGAUGUUGACACAACCAUGCUGCGUAGAGCUUUAUUUAACUAUGUUCACUGUAUGUUUGGAAUCAGGUAUGAUGAUUAUGACUACGGAGAAGUUAAUCAAUUACUUGAACGAAGCCUGAAGGUUUACAUUAAGACAGUGACCUGCUAUCCCGAGAGAACAACGAAGCGCAUGUAUGAUAGUUACUGGCGUCAGUUCAAACACUCAGAAAAGGUUCACGUAAAUCUACUUUUAAUGGAAGCACGGAUGCAAGCAGAACUUCUUUAUGCUCUUCGUGCCAUAACUCGACAUUUGACCUGAAGCAUCACCCAGGGAAAAUGCCAUAGAUGUAUAAAGACCUUUCCACACAAAAUAUACAUCAGACGCUGUUUGUGAUGGUAGCAUCAAAAAUUAUUCAAUUCUCUAGUGUCAAAGUUUAGCCGUUUUUUGCGGCUGUAAUGUGCAAUGAUGUGUUUUAUUUUUCUUGAUGCUUAACAUUACUAACAAUUGCAAAAAUAAUACUGAGGAGCACUACUUUGCAUUGUGUAUAGUUGGAUUUUUGGAUACUGAUCAUAAACCAUGAACCUGGUUUGUUAAUGCUUAAACUUCAGCGCUUCU